UUAGUAAAAGAUGAAGACGAUCACUACUAUUCCGACAUCUCGUACUGAACCGACACGUGUCAUCCCCCAAUAGCACACGUGUCGGCAUUUCACAGCUUUGGAAAAAACACACACACCCAUAACCGCUUCCCGAUUCCAGCAUUACCCUUGUGCCCUCUUCUCCUGCGAGUUAAUUUGUUUUGGUUUCUGUUAAAAGUUAUUUUUUCAAGAAAAAAAAAAUUCAAAUGGCGAAGAAAGUUGUCUCCUUUUCACUUCACAAGACGAAGAAGAACAAGCAGCCCAUCAAAACUGGCGCCAACAAAGGGAAGAAACUCAAAAUUGUAUUCAAGAAAAUCAUCGAUUACUUGAAAUCAGACACGUAUAUGUUUGCCCCCUUGCUCAAUCAUCAUCCUCAAUCCUCUCUCCCGUCCACCUUUUCCUCUUGUGGUGAACCCAUCAGGGAAAAGGAGAAAAAGGAAUUGUUCAAGGGAGUUGAGGACUAUUUGAAUUACGAUUCUUACAUGUAUGCCCCAAUUGCUAAAGAAUCGGUUUCGGAUUCCGAAAUUCAUCCAUCGGGUGAAGGGAAGGCGAAUACGAGUAAAACAUCUAAUCAGAUUGAAUCAAGAACCGAGGAAACAACAUCAAAAGAUGCAAACAUCCUUAACAACAACAGAUCAACUGAGACGGAGGUCGAUGAAAUAUGUGCUCCUAAAACGCCAGUUGUCGUUAAACGCAAUCUCCUGCAAAGGGAAACGAUAAAGCAUGUCGUAGUUCAUCAAAACUGCCUCUCUUCGUCUCUUCAAGGAAAACCUUUACCACAGAAGAAGCAGCGUAAAAUUGCGGUCGAGUGACCUCACUGCGGGCCCACAAUCAACCAAACCUAGGUAUGUUUCGUCACUUAGUCAAAUUGUGUAACUUGAUUAGCUUUAGAUUUGUACUCCUUCAUUUAUUUUUUUUAUUUUUUUUUUGUUUUUUCUUUUUCUUUUUGUGUGGCUUUGUACCUUAGGACAUAGAUAUGUUGAUCUUGUAACAUUGUGAUUGCUUUUUCUUGUAGUAAAUAAUUUUAGUUUC